AUGGGCAGGGUAUGUUGAAAAGAGGACAAAAAUUCCUAUUCCCAAAAAAAAUUUUUUAUGUGUUGUGCUUCCAAUAACAGUUUUCGUUUUGAGGACAACAAGAUAAUUGGCUUUAAUUUCACCCCGAUUUGACUUAUUACUCAUUGUAUUAUAACCAUUGUUUGCCACAAGACAACAAAGUUAUCGUAAAUUUUACUCUUUAAUGCAUUUUGAUCUUAUUUUUUUUAUGUUUACUUUUUGAGGUUUUUCAUUGGAAAUGAGGAUUUUUAAUUUUUUUUUGCGAAUUUAUGUGAUCAACAUGGUGAUAAUGAUAACUUUUGUAGUAACUUUUCUUUAAACCCAAAAAUUUUAAAAAAGAGUUGUAAAGAAAGUUACAACCAUCCCUUCAAAAUCAACUUAGACUACUUUUAACCCAAAAAGCUUAGUCAUCGCUUUAGCAAACGCUUUUAACAGCAGUAAAAACAAAAUCUUAUCAUCGGUUUUCUAGUCGCUGUAGCUUUGUUUUUGCAAGUAACCAGUUUAACACAAUUGGUUUAUAACAAAAUUCAAGAAAGACGAAGCAAAAUAAGGUAGAUUUGAAGUGGCGCGGCUUUUAAAUCUCCAACAGCGACUUCAAGAGUAAAGUAAUGCAUUCGCUACAAUACGCGACAUUGAGGAUGGUCACUAAUGACAUUUUAUGCUAAUUUUUGGGGUGGAAUUUGAAAAUUUGAAGGUUUUUAGGGCAAAAGGGUUUUCAUAUUGAUCACAGUAUUUACCUUUUUAGAAUAGGGAGGGGGACGAAAGGAUCCUUAUUACUAUUCGUUAAAACAGCUCUACCCUGACCUUUUUCUUUUCUUACCCUAGCCUUAUUAUAACUAUAUCCUAUCCGGAAAAACUGAUAUUUUCGCCCAAACAAAACUUGCCACCUUAUGCAUGAUGUUUAAAUAUCAAUUUCAUAAAAAACAGCGAUUUCCCAUAGUUUUUUCGCCUUCCAACUUUACAACAAACAUAGUCAGGUAUUCGUUUUUUCGAUAGAAAAUGAUUUUAUUAUUAUUUUUGCUCCCGAAAUCGCCUCUGUUUCCAUUGUUUUUGGAGGGAAUGGGCGCUCAAAAUAGAAUUUACGAUUACGGAACCCUUGGCCUAGUAAAAUAUUCUUGUAGACCCAAGUUUUUGUCUACAAAAACAGAGUUAAACGGACGGCAAAACAUAAGGCUAAGAUCCGGUUUACGCUUACGUUAAAGAUAUGAUGUCAGAUAGUGCUAAUUUUUGUUUCAUUUUUCCGUGCGCGUCUACUUUUUUUCUGCGGUAUUAUUUAGUAUAUAAACCUUUAUCUUACUAGAUUUAGCUUCAUUAUUAGAAUUAUUAAGCCUAAGUUUAAGCCUAAGCCUAAGCCUAAGCCUAAGCCUAAGCCUAAGCCUAAGCCUAAGCCUAAGCCUAAGCCUAAGCCUAAGCCUAAGCCUAAGCCUAAGCCUAAGCCUAAGCCUAAGCCUAAGCCUAAGCCUAAGCCUAAGCCUAAGCCUAAGCCUAAGCCUAAGCCUAAGCCUAAGCCUAAGCCUAAGCCUAAGCCUAAGCCUAAGCCUAAGCCUAAGCCUAAGCCUAAGCCUAAGCCUAAGCCUGAGCCUGAGCCUAAGCCUAAGCCUAAGCCUAAGCCUAAGCCUAAGCCUAAGCCUGAGCCUAAGCCUAAGCCUAAGCCUAAGCCUGAGCCUAAGCCUAAGUCUUAG